GACGAAAAUCCUGACCUGGAAGAAAACGCAUAAGGCUACCAGAUAGAGCCGGGCAUGAAGACAUAUACCUGGACCAAGCUGCUCCUCGACGACCGAGCGUUGGCGACCGAGUAUGACGACCCGGACUUGAACAAGGCCGCCGGAAACGGCCUCAUGAAGCUUCCCAAGGGCAGGACUGCCAAGGAAGUCAUCACAGAGUACCUCCGCGGUAUACAUGCCAUGUACAAAAGGGCCGUCAUCGACUGGAUCGGCGAAGACAAGCUGCAGAAUCUCCCCGUCGACUACUGGCUCACGGUUCCUGCCACUUGGAGCGAGAGAGCAAAGCUUCUUACGAAAGCAGCAGCCCUAGAUGCUAGCUUUGGCUCUAAACCCAAUGAUCGGCUGCUCUUGAUCCCAGAGCCUGAGGCUGCUGCCCAUCUUGCCCUUAAGUCCAGUAUGCAUCAUAUCGAGGACCUGAUUGAUGAAAAGAGUGGUGUGAUGGUUAGCGACAUGGGUGGAGGCACGGUUGAUAUUACGACAUACGAGGUGAAAAGAAAGACCCCCACUCUCAAACUCCGUGAGAUUACCAUUGGGAAAGGCGGAAAGUGUGGCGGGACCUUUGUGGAUCGAAAUCUAUACAAGCUACUCGCUGCUAGAUUCGGCACUGCCUUCACGUCUUUUGGCCCUCAACAUAUUGGACCAGGAAGCCGGUUCAUGGACGACUUUGAGUUAGCUAAGCAAGACUUCACCAUUAGUAAUCCAAGCAGGCGACCGCGUCGAAUUGCACUGGCCAUGCGGAGCCUGGUUGUCACUCCGGACCUGGAGAAGUACUACGAUGAGGGCAUGGGUCAGAUCAAACUCUACAAUGAAGACAUGAACACCGUGUUUGACCCUGUGGUUGACGUGAUCCUCAAGCUAGUGGCUGAUCAAGUCGACCAAGCGAAGAGGUUGAACGAACCGAGGAUCCAAACCAUUGUUCUCGUCGGCGGAUUUGAUUCAUCUCUUUACAUCAAGGAUAGGCUUGGCCCAUGGUGCGCUGAGCGAGAUAUCCGGCUCACUACUCCUUGGCAUGGCGCGUGGUCUGCAGUUGUAUGCGGUGCUGUCCUCCGAGGUGUGGAGGGAUCGAUCUCGGACGAGAAGAAAUGCAGACGACAUUAUGGAUAUGGAGCGAUUCUCAAUACAGACACCGAGACGAACACUACCUUCGGGAUGUAUGUUAGUGAAGGAGGUGAUCUAGAAGAUGCGCACGAACUCUAUUCCUGCAGCUUGGAUGAUGCGCCCGAGGACAUUGAGAAUGACCGCAUUGAGCAUGUGGGCACAAUCAAGUACUCUCUAGAGAGCAUCGACCUAACGAAAGUGAAGAGUACGGUGGAUGAAAACGGCCAUAAGUGGUAUAGACUAGAGCUAGUCUUGAACAUCCGCAUGGGAGAUGAGGCCGGCGUCUUGGUCUACCGAAUUUUCUAUCGCGGGAGAGAGGUCGGCAAGGCCGAGUUGAGUUUUUCUUACACGUAGAUGGCUUUCUUCCCACGGCUGUGCCGAUUGGGUGGAUAUUGACGGCGGGGUUCCGCGGGCGAAG